CACUCGGUAGCAAUACGUGUGAGGAGCUUUUCGUUUUUCGUGUGGCUGCAGGGCUGUGUGCCCUCAUUGGCUGCCUGGCUCUCUCACCGCACAGGAUAACUGAGAUUCUCCCUGGAGUGCUCAGUCCUGCCGUGAUUGGAGGGGGCCGCCACAUUCAUUCAAAGAGCAGGCAGCAUCAUCCGCACACAAGAUGAAUUCUGAGCUUGAGUUUACUUUGCUGCGUCCUUUCAUCAAUAGAGGAGAAAGAGGAUGUAGAAGGGAUCAGCGCCUGGAUGUCUCAGGUCUAAAAUUUUCAGAGUCCUCUGCCUGCUAAGGAUCAGAUGCUGAAAUUCUAUUUCAUGUCCCUGUGCUAAAAAAAAAAAAAAAGAGCACCCAGCUGCGGCAAAGGUUUUAGGAGCUGCAUGAAGAUCUAAGGGGGGAUCUGGCUCCUCCAGCAAGCGGGGGGUUAAAGGCGAUCAAAUUCAGAGAUUACUAAUGAACGGCAAGAGCUGUGCUCAUCAACAAAAAAAAACGACGGAGGGACCGGAGGAGAGCGACGGGGUAGGCUGUGGGUGACUGCGAUCCUGUUUUUCGGGGAUGCAAACUUCAACUGACUUGUACAGGGCUCCAAAAACAUGGCAGAGAUUGACAACAGGAUGCGGUUGGGCCUCUGUGAUUGCAAUGACUCCAAUCUGACUGGUACUGGGUCUCCUUCUGCAGUGUUCAGUAGAAGACAAGAACACAGCAGCAUUGUCCUUCCCGUCAUCUUUGGCAUCAUAUGUUUAGUGGGCAUCAUUGGUAACUGCAUCGUAAUCUACACCAUCAACAAAAAGCCAAAAGGGAAUCACAACAUUGCAGAUAUCUUCAUAGUUAGCCUGUCGGUAACUGAUCUCCUCUUCCUCCUUGGCAUGCCCUUCUUAAUCCACCAGUUGUUGGGAAAUGGAAUUUGGCAUUUCGGGGGCACCAUGUGCACCAUCAUCACUGCUCUUGAUGCCAACAGCCAGUUUGCAAGCACCUACAUCCUCACUGCCAUGUCUGUUGACCGAUAUCUGGCCACGGUGCACCCUAUUCGCUCUUCCUAUGUGAGGACCACUUGUGCAGCGGCCAUGGUUAUCCUGCUGUUGUGUCUGUGUUCUCUUAUUACUAUCAUCCCAGUCUUCAUGUACACUCAACUCAUCGAGCUUCCCGAUGGCAACGCUGGAUGUGGCAUAAUCUUGCCCAACUUGUCUAUUGACAUUUAUUGGUACACUCUCUACCAGUUCUUUUUGGCGUUCGUCAUCCCACUGUUUAUUAUCUGUGUGGUCUAUAUCAAGAUCCAGAAGCACAUCUCCUGCAUGGUGGUCCCUCUGCCACAAAGGAAUUUCCGUGUGAGGUCCAAGAAGAUUACCAGAACAUCUGUUACAAUCUGUUCAGCCUUUUUCAUUUGCUGGGCACCUUAUUACAUUCUUCAGCUGGUGCACCUCAAAGUUGAGCAUCCAACGGUGGUGUUCCUCUAUGCCUACAAUGUGGCCAUCAGCCUUGGGUAUGCCAACAGCUGCAUAAACCCUUUCAUUUACAUUGUGUUGAGUGACACUUUCAAAAGACAUUUGAUCAAGGCUGUGUGCCCAGGACAACAGCUAAGAAGGAACGAGCGGAAUGCCACUAGUGAGGUCAGCCCAUCUGUUAGAAUAUGCUCGGUUCCAACUCAGGAGACCUCCUUAAGUAUGAUGUACUCUCACAACAUAGACAAUUUUAUCUCUCUCUCUGUUUCAGUUCCAUGAAUGUAAAGCAGCUGCUGAAAGAUCAUGAUGAGAUAUCAUAUCUUAAAAACAGCAUAUGCUUCUAUAUCUGGACCUCAGGUGGAGCACUUUUAAUUUGUGGGGUUGUCAAGCUGCUAGAUAGGAUAUUCAUCCUGUUGAAAUCUAAAAAGCAAAACUUUUACUGGGUUCUGAGAAUGAGUGGCACAGCAACAAGAUUAACAAAGGUGAAAAUGCUACCUGAACUGCGGGAAUGAGGUGGCAAGCCAGCUUUCACUUUGAUCCAAGGAUAAUUGUCACUUCCUCUUUUCAUAGCACAGAUAAAACCAUCAUUCUGACAUCUUUGUCAUGCUAACAUGCUACUCUGCCCUGGCUUAGUAUGAAUAUUUGUGAUUAUCCAUAAUGCAGAAGUAUUACAGGUUGCAGGCCCAAAGGAGCUCAACUGUACCCCGGCACAGUACAGUCAACAAAGUUCUGCAAAGCUAGCACACCAACAUCUAUUACUUAAACAUAAAAAUGUCAAGCAUCUGCGGCCUAAAGGACCAAAGAAUAACUAAUGCGUUGCUUAAUUUUUAUACGGGCUGGUAUAGUACUUGUUGUUUUCAUUUGCUACAGUGUCAACGCUCAUUGACUGGAUAUAUGGAUUAUCAAGUUCAGUUCCUGACGUCGCCAAAGGGCCACGCAUUGCACUCUGUAUAUGUAAUACCAUAAAAAAAACUCAAAGAUUUCUAACUUAGUACCAGAGAUGGUCAAAGAUACAGGAAUGAUUGGAGACUAUCUGCAGGACACAGUCAGAGACUAUGGACAUUAUACAAAAGAUUGCUAGAAAUCACUGCCAUUACAGCCCAUUUUGAAGUCAAUGCUCUCACAUUUCUGCUCCCUACAGCCCCCAGGAAUAUAACUGUUCACACAUUUGAUGUUCCCCAAACAAAGAUCCAAUAUAAAAUAUCAGAGGUAAAAAAAAAAAAAAAAGAGGGGAAUUGAUAGCACAAAAGAGAAUGUAACAGAACUGAACCCCACAAUGAAACUAGCAGGGAACCAGUUGAAUGAAUAAUCUUCACCUUGACUUGCAGUUCUGGUUCUGGCUGUGUAGGUACCAUUCUACAGUGCAACAGUUUUUGAGAUUCAGGUACUGUGGUCUCAUGCAACAGUUCUUGUAGUACACAUAUGAUUCUACAAAAAGGACUUUCCCUGCUUUUCCAUAUAGCGUUGCAAGAUGUUCCUUAUGUCAUGGGUCAGAAGACACAGAACCACACACACCCAGGAACAAUCCAGUUCAGUUUUGCUCUAAUUGUUGCAGGUCACAUGCUGAUCAGGUCUGAGCAGAAAUUUCGGCAGGGGACAAAGACUGCACAACAAAGACCGCAAGUUGUGCAUCGAGGUUCUGUACGUACAGAAUGGUAAAUCUAUGUGAUCAUUCUACAGAUAACUGCAUAAAAUGUAGACAGCUCUACUCAGACUGUUGUGACAAGGAAACAUUUCCAUUAUAUACUGUCCUUCAAAUGUCUGUACAGGCACAAUGGAACAAGAUAAGAAGUAAAUAAUAUUAAACAAUGCCUAAUUUAUUUUUUGACUUGCCUUCAAGUUUGAAAUGUGGAAGCUAGAUGCAAAGUAUAAUUAUAAUAUACAGUACACUAUUUUCAUCACCUAAACUGUCACUAAACCCACAUCAUAAACAAACUAUCAAUAAAUGGUGUAUUACAUGCUAUUUAUACUCACUCAGU